GGACCGAGCAAUUUUGUUCAUGGUGCGAGAUUUGGGUCGAUUAUGUCAUGGCGGUUAGAUGUUUUCGGCACUCGGUUUCCCGUUUCGUUGAAUUUGUUUUGAAUUACGCCGUCAAUGAUCUCGUUGGGUCCAUUGUUAUUUAAUACUCACGGUUCCUGUAUAUUAUUAAUCGUUUCAUAAACUUUUCAAAUGCUGAAACAAUUGCAAAUGGGCCUUCGCGCGUUCAUGCUAAUCGCUUCCAAAGUAUGGAGUUGUUUUUGUUAUAUGUUUAGAAAGCAAUAUCGAGCGUUGGCUCAAUACCAGUCCGUCAAAUAUGAAAUAUAUCCACUCUCUCCCGUUUCUCGACACAGGCUGAGUCUAGUCAAAAGAAAAAUGUUAGUCCUAGACUUGGACGAGACGCUCAUCCACUCACACCACGACGCGAUGCUGCGGCCCACCGUCAAGCCGGGCACGCCUCCAGAUUUUGUGCUCAAAGUCACCAUAGACAAACAUCCUGUUAGAUUCUUCGUGCAUAAACGGCCGCAUGUUGACUAUUUUCUAGAUAUUGUAUCGCAGUGGUACGAGCUGGUGGUGUUCACGGCGUCCAUGGAGAUCUACGGCGCGGCCGUGGCCGACAAGCUAGACAACGGCAGGGGGAUCCUGCGGAGGCGGUUUUACAGGCAGCACUGCACGGCAGAGCACGGUUCGUACACAAAGAACCUGUCGUCGAUAUGCGACGACCUCAACAGGGUGUUCAUCCUCGACAACUCGCCCGGCGCCUACCGGGACUUCCCAGAUAAUGCAAUACCAAUAAAGUCCUGGUUCUCGGACCCCCUAGACGUGGCGUUACUUAACCUCCUGCCAGUUUUGGACGCGUUGCGUUUCACGCACGACGUGCGUUCUGUGCUCUCGCGCAACCUACAUUUGCAUCGUCUCUGGUAGCGACGCAUGAACACCGGCUUUUGUACAAAUUGAGGAGGCCGUAGCGCUUCCGGAUCCUAUUUAUUAUUUUUUUCACUCGUUAGGUCCUCCAGCGCUUCUAUUCAACUAUACAUAUAGAUUUAAUAUAGUUAAACAAAGUUUUUUUUUUAAGUUGUGUUUUAAAAUAAACAGUGAUUAGUGUAUAAAUGAUAAUAAUAAGUAAUAUACUUAGGCAGUAUAUUAUAAGUCACCUACGUUUGUAGGGUUGUCGGGUAGUUUUUGAAACACCCUGUUAAUAUCUGGACUUUGUAUAUGUGCGUCUCUUUCGCGCGUACCGCGUAGAGCAAGGCGGCUGUUUUCUAUAUCAGGUGUUUUUUAAGAGUAGCGUAUAGACAUCCAAUCCAAAGCAGCCUGUACUCUCCAUUAGUUACGAAAUUAAACUUUCAUACUUUCAAAAUAUGUGUUUUUAUCAAUAUUCUUGGUAUAUUUUUUCCAUAACUGAAUUGAUUUAACCAAGUCAAAUUUUUAUUCAUUCAUUCAGUCACUUUGUUUCAAAUCUUAGAAAAAUAUUACAAUAUUGCGAAUAUUUCGUAAAAGAAAUUGUUUGCAGUCUUCCAGAUGUUAUUUUCUUAAAAUUCUUAGUAUAUUUUUGGGCUUAGAAAUUAAAAUUUGAAAGCCUUUAUCAGAAACAAUAAUUAAUUAAUUUUCUAAUAAUGAAAUGACAGAUGCGGGCGCCAUCUUAACUCUAAACCUCGUCAAAUGGUUGGCAUAACUUUUAGAACUGUCAGUUUAGUUUAGAAUCUGUGUACUACCAAUUAGAUGUAUUAAAAAAAUCCGAUUUACCAUUUUUUUUAGUUAUAUUAUGGAGAGAACAGGUUUCAAGUGUUCAAAUUUCAAAUUUUAUUUGAAAUUAUUUAGUCAAAACUUAAUGAUAUAACUUUUGUGUUGAUAUUUUAUAGCGAAAUUUUCUUAAGAAGUUUUUUAAUCCAUGUCAAAAAUGCAAUUCUUGUUUUAUUUUUAAUCUACGUUAUAAUGCAAUAAUCGUUACCCCACCUGAAAAUAACCACUAGAUAUUAAACAUCCACUACCAUAUAGCUUAAAAUGCGUAUUAUAUUAAAAAUAAAUAGGUAUACAAUAGUCAAAGUAGACUCUGGUUAAUACAUUUUAAUAUCAAAUAUUGAAGCCAAAAGAUUAGCUCUCAAAAUUAAAAAACAAAGGCCAGUGCGGCUUCCUAUGAGCUUAUAAUUUGUAGGCAAAGAUCUACAACUUGACAUCCAAUAUAGAGUAAAUUCAAAGUAAUGUAAAUGAUGGUGGUUUGUACAAAAUCUCUAAACUGACAAGUCCAAAACAAUGCUUGUCUUUUCAAAUUGUUCCCUGUGAAAACGGAUAUCUUUAAGUUUUAGAGAUUGUGUACAACUAAUAGCUCGUUCACACUGGCUGCGUAAGCAUAGACGUAGCGCGUACCAUUGCGUUGUAAUGUGUGGAACUGUAUGAAACAUGGCACACCGCUUGCGUAAAGCGUGGACGUAUGCGUAACCCGGUGUGUUAGGGGUUUACGCGCGUCAUUACACACGUGUCACGUGUACGCAAUUGGUGUGAAUCAGCCUUUAAUCAACACAUGUCACAUUUAGAUGUCUCUAUUCUUACAGCUUCCCCUUUAUAAAUACUGAAUCCAUGAAUGAAAAGUGCUCUUGAAUAGUAAUAAUAAAAAUUGACAACACAAGCAAUUUUGGCUCACUCUUUUGGUUUUUGAGACUCUGGCAUAUCAUAAAGUUAAGUGACAACUGCAAACAUUUUUGUACUAUAUUUGACUGAAUAUCUUGCUGUUUAUCCGGCUUGAAGGACCAAAAAUGUAUAGGAUACAGUCUGUGGUAAUGACACCAGGUAGGAAGGUAAUGAGGUGUAUAUUUGCUUUUCACAUUUUUAUAUGAAACUUGAUAGUAUAAUUAAUCCUAAAAGUGUAUGUGUCAAGAAACAGACACUUUUAAAUUUUUUAAGUCAUACAUUAAUUUAAUAUAUUACGCAUUGGAAGCUUAAGCCUAAAAGUACAGAAUACAUUAUUUUAUCUCAAUCCUAUUUCCUUUGAUACAAAAAUUGUUUUUUAUUCAAUGAAAUUACAACCAUGUCCUAACUCUUUGUGAAAUCUUUAUAUUUUUCAAUUUUGAAUUAAUAAAUUCAAUCUUGUGAAUUAUUUUAGUUUCUAAAUAAUAUAAAUAUAAAACUAAACGAUUUGUCCGUUUCUGAAAACUUUUCUACUGUCACUUAAUUUGUUUUACGUUUGGAAACACACAAAUCGUACCUUUUAUGAUGAUUUAGGUUACGUGUAAGAUAAUAGCGCUGUGAAUCGCUAACGGCCGAUAUUAAUUAUAAUCAAUCUAACUGUAAUCUCUCAAUAAGUAACUUAGCAAUGAUGUUAGUAAUUGGUUAAAAAUAUAGUGCAUACAUUUGGAGAAUGCACUCGGCCAUAUUUGCUCUAACUGUCAUGUCUUCUUAUUUUGCUCUUUGGCUUUUGUUAGUGCCACACCAGCACGAUGCACUUCGCCAAUGUCAC